UCUCUAUAUAUAUAUAUAACAAAAUAAUAUAUGAGUUCUUGAAGCCUCCAUUUCAGUUGGGGGAGAGAGUGGGAGAGACAGGCGGAGAGACAGGCGGAGAGACAGGCAGAGAGAGAGAGAGAGAGCAUGGGAAGGCCUCCAUGCUGUGAGAAAGUGGGCAUCAAGAAGGGUCCUUGGACUCCUGAAGAAGACAUCCUUCUUGUCUCUUACAUUCAACAACAUGGCCCUGGUAACUGGAGAUCUGUUCCCACCAACACCGGUCUCUUGAGAUGUAGCAAGAGUUGUAGGCUACGAUGGACCAAUUACCUGAGACCCGGAAUCAAGAGAGGCAACUUCACGCCCCACGAGGAAGGAAUGAUCAUCCAUUUGCAAGCUUUAUUGGGUAACAAAUGGGCUGCAAUAGCUUCUUAUCUUCCACAAAGGACGGAUAAUGAUAUCAAAAACUAUUGGAACACUCACUUGAAGAAGAAACUCAAAUCAGCUUUAGAUCACUCAACAACCACGGAGUUUUUCUCAAAGGGUUUCUUCAAUGAUUCUUUCACAAGGACUUUUAAUUUCGAUUCUUCCUCCGCUUCCGCCUCCGUCUCUGCUUCCUGUUUUUGCCCGAAUCGAUCCUCCGCCGCGUCGCCGUCGUCGUCGUCGUCAACUUAUUACUCAAGUGCCGAGAACAUCUCGCGCCUACUUGAAGGAUGGAUGAGAUCGUCUCCAAAGACUAACGACAAUCCAUUCCAUUUCGACGAAAAACAAAGUCAUCGUGGAGAUUCCGUGGUUUCUAACCAAUGCCAAGAGGUGAAAACCGAGCAAGAUGGGAACAGGGUAGGAUCCAUGAAGGAGAUCGAGUCGAUGGUAUCGCUCGAUAACUUGGGGGCGUCAUGCGAGAAAGAUAAUAAGCAAAAUAGAAGCGAGAACGACAAUAAUCCUCCAAUGUCAUUUCUUGAGAAAUGGCUACUUGAUGACACUUCUGUUCAAGUAGAGGAGAUGAUGCCAUUGUCACCAAUGUUCUAACAACUUUUUUUUCUUAGUAUUCAAUGAAUUCCCGUUCCCGACCUUUGUAAUUGUAAUACUAAUUACUUUCAUCAACGUUCCGUCAUGUUUAUACUUA